UUCUUGCAAAUUUUGAGUUUCAAUUAUUAGCUCUGUUAUUAUCUCUAUCUAUAAACGUCUCUAGACCUUGGUGCAGGGAGGUUACACUUUUAUUUUCUUUCUUUUGCACGACUCCUAACUCCAUUAUCUUCUUCACCAUCUUUGUGGUUACAGCUGUACAUGUGGUUUUCGAGGAGGAGAGAAGCAAGAGCAUGGCAGGUGGUGGCGGUGGAGCACCAAAAGUCGAGGAACCACAACCACAUCCCCCAAGGGAACAGCUUCCCGGCAUUACUUGUUGCAUUACAAGUCCUCCAUCAUGGCCUGAGGCUAUUAUUCUUGGUUUUCAACAUUACCUUGUGAUGCUAGGGACAACAGUUCUCAUUCCAACUGCACUUGUUCCCCAAAUGGGAGGUGGAAAUGAGGAGAAGGCUAAGGUUAUCCAGACACUGCUCUUUGUUGCUGGUUUGAACACAUUGUUGCAAACAUUGUUUGGGACUCGACUACCAGCUGUUAUGGGAGGGUCUUACACAUUUGUCCCAACAACAAUUUCAAUUAUCCUUGCUGGUAGAUUCAGUGAUAUUGUUGAUCCUGCUGAGAAAUUUAAGCGAAUAAUGAGGGCAAUCCAGGGGUCUCUCAUUGUUGCAUCAACUCUUCAGAUUGUCCUAGGCUUCAGCGGGCUUUGGCGUAAUGUUGCAAGGUUUCUAAGUCCACUUUCAGCUGUUCCUUUAGUUUCUCUUGUGGGUUUUGGGCUAUAUGAGUUUGGUUUUCCUGGGGUUGCCAAAUGUGUGGAGAUUGGACUGCCUCAGCUAGUCCUCGUAGUAUUUAUUUCUCAGUAUUUGCCGCAUGUCAUACACCAAACCAAAUAUAUCUUUGAUCGUUAUGCUGUAAUAUUUUCUGUGGUGAUCGUGUGGAUCUAUGCUCACCUACUCACUGUGGGUGGGGCCUAUAAUAAUUCUGGACCUAAGACUCAAGCAAGCUGUCGAACUGAUCGUGCAGGACUUAUAGAUGCUGCUCCCUGGAUAAGAGUUCCAUGGCCUUUCCAGUGGGGACCACCUGCAUUUGAUGCUGGUGAAGCCUUUGCCAUGAUGAUGGCCUCAUUUGUUGCUCUUGUCGAGUCUACUGGUGCUUUCACUGUGGUGGCAAGGUUUGCAAGUGCAACUCCAUUGCCACCUUCAAUUCUCAGCCGUGGUGUGGGUUGGCAGGGAGUUGGCAUUUUAUUGUCUGGAUUAUUUGGGACUGUGAAUGGGACUUCAGUAUCUGUAGAGAAUGCAGGUCUUUUGGCCGUGACAAAAGUUGGAAGCCGAAGGGUUGUCCAAAUAUCUGCUGGAUUUAUGAUUUUCUUCUCUAUUCUUGGGAAGUUUGGAGCAGUAGUUGCUUCAAUACCGGGACCCAUUAUUGCAGCUUUGUAUUGCCUUUUCUUUGCUUAUGUGGGUGCUGGAGGUCUUAGCUUCCUUCAGUUCUGCAACCUCAACAGCUUUCGAACAAAGUUCAUACUAGGCUUCUCUAUCUUCAUUGGUUUGUCUGUGCCACAGUACUUCAACGAGUACACUGUUAUUCAUGGUUAUGGUCCAGUUCACACAAGUGCACGAUGGUUCAACGACAUUGUAAAUGUUCCUUUCUCAUCAGAACCAUUUGUUGCGGGCAUCGUAGCAUUUUUCCUGGAUAACACACUUUAUAAAAAGGAUGCAAAGAAAGAUAGGGGUAAACAUUGGUGGGCCAAGUUCCGAUACUUUAAGGACGAUCCAAGGAGCAAAGAAUUCUAUUCUCUGCCGUUCAAUUUAAACAAAUAUUUCCCAUCUGUGUGAAUUAUGCAGCACCAAGUUCGUCUUGGCAAAUAUUGCUGUGUCAGAAGUUUUCUACAGCUCUGGGGGGAAAUAUUAAUAUCAUCAUCUUCUAUCUUGUGAGAUCUAGUCACACGCUAUAUAGCAGUAAAAGAUAGUACGUUUCUUUAUAGUAACUCUGAGAACAUUUGUUUGAUUGUUUUUUCAUUCUCUCUGUAAAUCGAAUGCAAACUCGGAUUGGAGGUAGCAAUAAAGCAGUUGUAUUGCUUUUCUCAUUCA